UUGGCAACGUGCGCCAAGCCAAAAUGGCGCUGUACAUUAACCAGGCGAGUCGAAGAACAUGCGCUGCAUUACACACUUUGUGUAAAUUCGAAGCCCAUAUCUUGCGGUCAUCCGCAGUUAGCACAAGGAGCAUUCUGUCUGAUGCUUACUCCUGCAGGGACGCCUGGGAUGAACGGUUUCAGGAUCCAAUUCUCCGAACGGUUGAUCCCGACAAGUACUUCGUGGAUCUUAGCAAGAAGUUCGGUACCAAAACGAAAGCGAGCGCUGUGGACGUCGAUAUCUACCUGAACAAGGUUAAGAGUAAAGACACGGCAGCCGAGUUUGAAAAUGUGCUCAAUCGCUUACGGCGGUCGCGCCACACAGUCAACACACUACUAUCUACUCAUGCAGCGGCGGUGCGGUAUUUUCUCGAUCACGAAAUGCACGACACGCUUAUGAAGAUACUGCAGAAACGUUUGGACUACGGCAUCUUUCCAGACACUUUCACCAGUAACAUCCUCAUGGACACUUUCCUUAAACGUGGCAACCACCGCGAUGCAGCCAAAGUAGCAAUCGAAAUGAUGCUACAGGAGGACGCUGGCAACGCAAUAACUCGGAUCUUGGCUCUUCAUUCGUGUCACAUGUACCUCAGGGAACCGAAACCCGAGCCGUGGGACCCGAACCCGCCUCCAGUGCAAGACGACGACGACGACGAGGAAGUAUAUGUUCGUGUUCCCAACAUUAUAAAUCCUUUCUUCGACGAUCAUUUCGACUUGAACGACCCACAACACCAGAUUGGCAAGACAUUGAUGAUGUUCUGUGAGGGGCAAGAUGACGUGUUGCACUGCAGUUACUACAUUAUUGGUUGUGGCUUGUAUCAGAAAUGGGAGAAGGCAUUAGAAUUCAUAAAACAGUGCAGCUCGUCCAAAAAGCAGGGCAUCGUAACGCGGGACGCUCUGGAGCGGUUCCGCAGCGGUUUGUCAGCAUCCGAACUCGAUGCUGCUGCCCCUAUACGUGAAGAGCUUGAGAAUUCUUUGAAGGCACUCGAAACUCUGGCGUGCGACGAGGACCUGCACGAGUUAGCCGUGGCAGCACUCACGAAAAUACCGGCGCUUGAACAGGCAGAUAUUGAAGCGCAGAAGAAAAACUUUGUAACUUGGCAGGAAUUGCGUAGGGAAGCUUUGGAGAAGCAGACACAUAACUUCCUAAGAGAACAGGCUAUAGAAGUAAUCAGGGCUAAAAAGAAGGAACUUGGCAGAAAGGAAGAGUUACUAUAUGCAUUUGAAAAUUGGGAUCAAAUUGAAAUGAAGCUCGCUGAAGUUGAAGAGGAGGAAGCUGCUUUGGCUGCUAAAGACACCACAGAGCAAGAGUACAUACCACCAGACGUUCAAAAGCCACUUUUGUCAAAGGAACGAUGAUAAGUGUUCGACAGUGGACAAUAGAAGGCAAUGGAUUGAGUGUAGUGUAUCUUUGCUUCUUAGAACGAUGAGUUUGCAAUAGAGCAAAUAAAGUUACUGAGAGGUGUGGGA